UGCUGGUGUCGAACGAUGUGAAGUUCUCCUCAUUUAACAAAAGACUUUCUACAAACAUGUCUGAAGUCCAGCAGCUGAAGGACAUGUUGAAACUACAACUAACACCCACUGAUGAAGGAACGAUCACAGACCAAGAAGAAGAAAUGUGUCAUUUAAAAGAAGAAAAAAGAGACAUGCAGCAGUUGUUGGUGAGGAAAGAAGAAAUUUUCCCUGAUCAUCAGGAAUUGAAUCUGAGUGUUGACCAGGAGGACAUUAAAGAAGAAGAGAAGCUGUGGAUAAGUGAGCAGCCGGAGCAACUUCAGCAGCUGGAGGAGGCAGGUCUCACCAAGUUUGAUUUCACUGCCAUCUCUGUGAAGAGUGAAAAUGAUGAUGAUGAAAAACCAGAGUUAUCACAGGUUCGUCAAAGCCCAAGUGAUGAGAGCACAGAGACAGAGCCUGUAGCCAGCACCUCAUCUGUACACAGAACACUGAUAAAUGGUAGGAGUUCAGACAGUUCUGGAACUGAGACUGAUGACAGUUAUGACUGGAAACAGACCAAAGAACUUUGCUUCGGUUUUAACUGUCAACCAAAUACUGAUCUUGUUAGUACAAGCAAAUGCACCAUUGCUGAGAAACAAUUUAAUUGCCUGAAAUAUGGAAAAGUUUCUGGUCACAUUGACAACUCAGAGCAACACAAGAGGACGCAAGCAAGUGGAAAAUCAUUUACCCGUCCCAUUUGGGAUAAAAGGCAAAAACAAAAGGCCUCUCUGAACAGAGACAACAGAAUUCAUACAGGACAAAAACCAUUUGGCUGUUCUGAGUGUGGUCAAAGAUUUGGAAGAAAGAGCCACCUGAGCACGCACAUGAUAAUUCAUACAGGACAAAAACCAUUUAGCUGUUCUGAGUGUGGUCAAAGAUUUGGACGAAAGAGCCACCUGAACACACACAUGAUAAUUCAUACAGGCCAAAAACCUUUUGGCUGUUCUGAGUGCGGUCAAAGAUUUGGACUAAAGAGCAAUUUCAACACACACAUGAGAAUUCAUACAGGACAAAAACCAUUUGGCUGUUCUGAAUGCGGUCAAAGAUUUGGACAAAAGGGUAGUCUAAAUACACACAUGAUUAUUCAUACAGGACAAAAACCAUUUGGCUGUUCUGAGUGCAGUCAACGAUUUGGAUUGAAAAGUAGUCUAAAUACACACAUGAUUAUUCAUACAGGACAAAAACCAUUUGGCUGUUCUGAGUGCGGUCAAAGAUUUGCACGGAGGAGCUGUCUUACCAAACACAUGAUAAUUCAUACAGGACAAAAACCAUUUAGCUGUUCUGAGUGUUACAAAAGAUUUGGACUAAAGAGCAAUCUGACAAAACACAUGAUAAUUCAUACGGGAGAAAAACCAUUUAGCUGUUCUGAAUGUGGUCAAAGAUUUGGACAAAAGAGCAGUCUGAACACACACAUGUUAAUUCAUACAGAACAAAAACCAUUUGGCUGCACUGAGUGUGGCAAAAGAUUUGGACAAAAGGGUAAUUUGAAUACACACAUGGUAAUUCAUACAGGACAAAAACCAUUUGGUUGUUCUGAGUGUGGCCAAAGGUUUGGACAGAAGAGUGCGCUGAGCAGACAUAAGAGAAUUCAUACAGGACAAAAACCAUUUAGCUGUUCUGAGUGUGGUUACAGAUUUGGACGAAGGAGCCACCUGAACAGACACAUGAAAACUCAUACAGGAGCAAGAAAGAAAGGAGAAAGGAGCUCAGAAAGAAAAUGA